AUGGUCCAGUGUUUGGAAGUAGCCCUAAUCUUCCCCACACCUGCCAUGGUCAUGCCAAGCUAUAAAUACGGGGUUCAUAAGAGGAUCCACCAGGUGUCAGUCGCAGCCUUGGAUCCACAGUGGAACCACAAUCCGCCCGGGCACCCAGCCUUUGGGCCGGAGACGCUCCAAACCAGCAACUACUCAUUGGUGUUACUGAUUCAGCUUAGCUUGCUUUCCUUUGACUUGUUUGUUAACUCCUUCAGCGAGCUGCUGAGGACCGAACCUGCUGUCCAGCUGGUACUUUUCAUCAUCCAGGACAUUUCCAUCUUAUUCAACCUGAUCAUCAUUCUGCUGAUGCUGUUCAACACGUACGUGUUCCAGGUUGGCCUGGUUGCCAUACUGCUGGAGCGAUUUAGAGCCCUGCUAAUGCUCUCUGCUCUCUACCUGACCUUCAGUAUCAUACUGCAUUCCUGGCUCAUGAAUCUGCGGUGGCUGAACACUAACAGAUUUAUUUGGACAGAUGGCCUUCAGGUGCUCUUUAUGUUCCAAAGAUCUGCAUCUGUGUUGUACUACUACUUCUACAAGAGGACCUCAGAGUAUCUGGGUGACCCUCGCCUCUAUGAGGAUUCACCGUGGCUGCGAGAAGUCUUUGCUCGAGUCAGACAGUGAUCUCACUGCAACAGAGUUCACGCUGUCAGAAGUUCAGAGAUAAAAAAUGUCCAAGUAUAAAACACCCCAUAAAUGUUCCACAAAAAAAACUUUAAUCUGUUCUGGUCAUUUCAGCUCAGUUAGUUUUCAAAAUAAAGUAGAUUUUCUUAAAGAUAUAUACAGUCACAAUUCCAUUGUAAAACAUUUUACCACACUGACAAUAACCAUUCAGGCCUCAAAUGGAUUUCUUGUACAUGGACAGUACUUAUAUUGUAGCAGAUGCAGAUCUAUUUGACAGGUAAAAAAAAUCCUCAUAACGUUUCUUUUCUAGGUAGGGAGGAUUGUGCCAAAGACAGGAAAGGAAAAAAAUAAAGCCAGAACGUCUGAUGACGCUUGCGUUUUGUUCAUAUGGAAGAAAGUGACAUGAAAGCUGAGUUAAUGAUAUUUUGGUAAUACUUUGUAAAAGAUAAUAAUGCACUACAUGCACAUUGAUAAGACAUUAUAAAGCA